AAAAGAAUGUUCUUGUGUUCAUCGUAAAGAAUGAGUGCUUCUGAAACUUUAGAAAUGUGAGUUGUUAAAAUGGCUCCUAUGGAUAUUUAAGAUAUAAGCUGUUUUGUUUACAAAAAAUGAAUAUAAGUGCUAUUAAUUUGCUCUCUACCUCAUUUGUUCUUAUUAAUCUGCUUUUGGAGCAUUUGUAAGCACUGAUGUUUAAAUUUGUUCAGAGAAUAAGAGUCCAAACGGAUCUUGAGCGUGGAGUGUGACGGGAGGGUUUUACUGUAUGGAAGAUCUGCUUGUUUGAACAGAGAAUAGUGGCUUUACUCCACAGGAAAGGGAAAAAGGAAACGGCUCAGUUUGCAAACACGGUGACGCCUAAAGACCUUUAACUCUGUGAACUGAGCACAGGAGUUCACAGAAUACAGCAGCCCUGCAGAGACACAAACAGCACGUUUACUGUGGGAGCGUCGCUCUAGUGCUUUUAUGGGACAGGAGUUUCUGGAUACAAGCGUCUCUUUCAGGAAGUUAUGAGAGCUGUUUGUUCUAGGUGACAUGGAACUACGACUAGAGCGAUUCAUCAGGACUGUUCUGCUUCUGCACGUCUGCUGGCUCUGGAGCGGCCAGUGUUUGUCCGUCCUCUUCACAAACCAGCAGUUGCUGUAUGUAAUCAAAGGCCAGAAUCUGAUCCUACAGGCACAAAUCGAGCUGCUGGGUGGUGAACAUGUUGUUAAAGUGACAUGGGACCACGUUGCAAAGACUUCUGGGACGAGUUCAACAUUGGCUGAGUUUCCUCAUAAAGUCUCAGAUGGGAGAGUAACACUGGAACAACAGGGAGCCACACUGAAGAUCAGAGAUUAUCAAGCAGCAGACGCCGGCGUCUACACGGUCACAGUUACAGACCAGUCAGGACAGAGACGAUCUGCACAGCGAGCCGUUCAAGAGUAUCUGGCGGUGCAUCACGUGUCGGUGAUGGUGAAUGUGUCUCACUCGGUUCUUCACUGUAUGGAGGCGUGGGGAACUGAACCCACAUUCACUUGGCUGCAUGAGAAAGUGGUUGUAACGGAGAAAGUGGGUCGUGUUUCGGCACAUGGGACGUCUCUGUACGUCUCCGGCACCUUCUGCGGACACUUCACCUGCGUGGUGAGCAACAAACUGGGACACAGUUCAGCCACAUACACCGCAGGAGACACAGGCGUGGAUAUAACCGAAGGGAGAGGCUGAGAGAGCCGUGUGAAGAGUCUCUGUGAGCUGAUCUCAGGACACUUUUACUGCGUUACUGACGAGAGCUGAUGGACUGCCAGUCGCUUGACGCUUUCAGCACACCUUUUGAUACUUUAUUGAUCAAUGUAUUAGACUUUUGUUAUUUUAUUAGACUUCCUGGAAAGAUAGUUAUGCAUAUUUCUUUAACCAAGUUAGACUAGCAUCAUCAGGAGGAUUAGUUAAUGCAAUCCUUUCUGAAAUACUUGAUUCUGAUUGGUCAGUUAUGGCAUUCUGACAUUAAUAUGAUGGCCACUAAACUAUUAAUUGACCAUUGUCCCAUAUCAAUAAAUUAACAUUUGA